AUGUCUAGCCCAGAAGCCAUCCGCCAGCGCAGAAAAGACGGUACAUCACCCCCCGGCCCAGCAACUGAACCCAAGACGUCAGAGAAAGAAGAGGCCACGCCCACGCUCUCGCUGGCAGACCGCGUCAAAGCAGAGGACAGCGCCUUCAGUUUCGUCGAUGUGGCGCGUAUCCUCGUGUUCCUGCUGCUGGCGAGCAGCGCGCUGAGCUAUUUUGUCACGAGGGAGAGCUUUACAUGGAACUUGAAGAGGCCGGGCUGGACGAGGGUUGAGACGAUCAAGACGUGGAUUGCCGGUCCGCUCUCUCUCACCGACGCCGACCUGGCAGCCUACGACGGCACCGACCCGACCAAGCCCAUCUACCUCGCCAUCAACGGCACCAUCUACGACGUCUCGCUGGGACGGCGGCACUACGGGCCGGACGGCUCCUACCACUUCUUUUCGGGCAAGGACGCGUCGCGCGCCUUCGUCACUAACUGCUUCCUGGAGGACGGUAACCCGGACCUGCGCGGUGUCGAGCAGAUGUUCCUCCCGCUCGACGACUACGACGUCGACAGCCUGUACACCAAGUCGGAGCUUAAGAUUAUGCGCGAGAAGGAGCGCCGCAUCGCCCGCACCAAGGUCCAUGACGCCCUGAAGCACUGGGUCGAUUUCUUCGAGAAGAGCGACAAGUACCCGCGCGUUGGCCGCGUCAAGAGGGAGAAGGGCUGGAUGGAGAAGGGGGAGGUUAAGAAGCUUUGUAAGAAGGCCCAGGCGGGGAGGGUGAAGAGGCCGAUUCCGCCCGGGAAGCAGAUUUAG